CUUUAACAUUAUUUUGUGAAAAUCAAUUUUUUUAUACUUAUAAUGAAUACAGUACAAAAGUUAAACUUUUUUGAGCAGUAAAAGUCUUGAAAUCUACGUAUGAAUUCUGAAAAAUUUGAAUCCAUCUACUAGAAUCCAGAUUGCAAAGGAAGUGAAAAUAUCGAAGUGUUCUCAUUUAAAAUGUCGGGGCAAAAAGCAUUCAGUUUACCAGAGUACUGGAUACCGUCCGAUUUAAAGUCAAUUCUCACGGCCAACUUACAGCUGUAUCCAGGAAUAACAGAGCGCGGGGAGCAGUAUCAAAGUAUACUGUCAAUAUUGACGAAAAUAAAAUCAUUGAGUUUGUCAAAAAGCCAUUACCAACAAUUUCUCAAGCUAGCACUGUAUUUGGAAGAAUACGAAUACGUGAAAAGUAUGAAAAAGUAUAGUCUGCAUAAUCAAUCUAUCGUGAGAUCGAGAACGAAUUCUAAAGAAUACACUUUAGUGAUUGAAAAUUUGCAACAGGAUAAAGAUCAUCCUGUACACAAAUCAAUUAAUCUAAUAGAGGUUUUUAACAGUAAGGAUUUCACGAAGAAGAAAUUCGUGCUGAAAAUAAAGAGCGUGAAAGAUGAUAGACUAACUAUUCUUGGCUAUCCAGAAUUUUGCGAUAGCUAUCAGCACUCGAAUCGAUACAACAUUCGUUUCAAACCCAAUACCUAUACGUUCAGGUGUAGUCAUUACGCAAUUUCUCUGAUUAAUCCCAUUCAACUGUCGAACGUUUUGUUUCCCAUCAAAAGAGAUACAGCGAGGAAUUGCGAGCAGCUCAAGGCGGAUAGGUGGUUCAACGAAGCGGCUCGGAGCAAUCGGGAGCAACGAGACGCGGUGAAUCACAUCUUGGAUAAAUCGGCCUACCCAGCGGCGUACCUGAUCUAUGGUCCGCCAGGUACAGGCAAAACCCUGACACUGGUCGAGGCCAUCAGCCAGAUCUGCCACAAGAGCCAAGAAAACGUGCUGAUCUGCGCCCCGUCGAAUGCGGCCGGCGACGUGAUCGCCAAGCGACUACUCGACUACAUUCCCGCGGCGUGGAUCGACCGGAUCUACAGCAAGUCGAGGCCCAGCUGCCUCAUCGACGAGUCCAUGAAAAAGUGCUCGAAUUGCGACAAGCGCGGCCACGUGACGUCCAUCGACAAGCGAGCUCUAGUCAAGAAGAGGAUCGUCGUUACGACGCUCUGCACCAGUGUAAAAUUACUGCUGAUGAACUUGAACGCGCAGUACGGCUACGUGUUCAUAGACGAGGCCGGCCAAGCGACCGAGACCGAGUGCAUGAUCGCCUUGAACGUGGCGAAUUUGCACUCGAACGGCAAGUGCCAGAUCGUGCUGUCGGGCGACCCGCGCCAGCUCGGGCCCAGCAUCCGCUCCAAGUACGCCCAGCCGAUUCUCGGCCGGUCCAUGAUGGACCGCCUCAUGAGUAUGGAGCCGUACGCGAAGCAGCAGCAGCAGCAGCAGCAGCAGCUCCAUGACACCUACGACCCCCGCUACAUCACCAAGCUCGUGCGCAACUACCGCAGCCACCCGGACAUCAUCAAGAUACCGAACGAGCUCUACUACGACAACGAGCUCGUCGCUUGCGGCGAUUACGGCGCCAUCGAGGCCGACUCGAUAUUCCCCCAAGAUUUCCCCAUAGCCUUCCACGCGGUCUUGGGUAGGGAGCAGACGGAGCCCAACUCGACCAGCCCCUACAACGACCGGGAGAUCGAGUGCGUCGUCCGAUGCGCCAGCAGCAUGAUCGGCAAGCGAAUCGGCUCCAAACUCAUCGCCGCCGCGGAUAUCGGAGUCAUUACGCCUUUCUCCGCGCAGAGUAACCGAAUUCAAACGGCAUUGAAGCAAAGUCCCGACUUGGCCGACCUCGCCGUCGGUACCGUCGAGAUAUUUCAAGGCCAAGAGAAGGACGUCGUUAUCAUAUCGACUGUGCGCAGUCGUGUAUUUCACGCGACCGAUGGCGACCACAUUGGUUUUCUCUCCAACCCGCGGCGCUUCAAUGUAGCCAUUACACGCGCAAAAAGUGCCCUCGUUGUUAUCGGCAAUCCCGCAGUUUUGGCUGUUCAUCCUGAUUGGCGCCGCUUCAUCCUUUACGUCGACGAAAAUCGUGGCCUUUGCGGUGAAACCUCUGAUUAUUCUUCAACGAAAAACCACCUCGACAACCAAAAGCCUGUUGACCAAAAUAACAACGACGACGACAAACGUAGCGAUUUUCCAAACAAGCAUAACUUUGACGAUACCAAGAACGUUACAAUUGCCCAUGCAAAGGAUCAAAAUAACAAUGUCUUGAUCAAUGAAAAACCUGAAACGACUCAAGUUCUUUCGAGCGAUUUGUUCGACGAAAAUCUCGAUAUCGUCAAAAUUCACGACGGAAUUGUACGGUCGACCAGAAACAAAUAUCUCUUCAACGGAAAGUAUUAUACAGAACGACAGUGUUGCAUUUUGUGAGCUUUUCAGCGAAUUGUGAAUCAAAAUUUUAUGAAUGAACAGACAUUAAUGAUUACCUGUAUGCACAACUUUUUUCUAAUCGUGUGUAUGCCAUUCCAUUAAUCUGCAUCGUUACUUUCACAAAAACGAACCAGUGACGUUUUUAUAGAAAUUCUUCAUUCGAAAACGUUCAUGAAAGAUCUGCAGAAUGUAGAAAUCAUCGAUUUAUCAUGUACGUCUUUUAAAUAAUUUUUAACAGUUGACAACUGAGAGUUAACUUAUGUCAUUUCAUAUACGUAGCUCAUUGUUUAUGCUGAUGCAAUAAUGAAUUAUUUUUGGCAUAUUUUUUUAAAUAGAUUCAAUGUCUUCGUCCUAGUUCUGAAAAAAAUUUCCUUGUUAAACAUUGGGUUUUUUGAAGACUUAGGGAUAGAAUACUUGGUCUUGCUUUAGAUGUCUAAGCAAUUAGAUAAAAAUGUAUGUGAAGAAUUCACGAUUGUUACAUCGAUUUUAGCAGAAUAAUGAGUUAUUUCUUUAAAAUACUUAUAUGGCGAUUUAUAAGUGAUGUUUCAGAUAUUCGAUCCGUUAAGAUACUAUAUUUUCCAGUGUAUCGUGUUUUAUAGAAAAUAAAAAUAAUUAACAAAGCA